ACCUUUAUAUUAUUCUAUGAUCGUGAGUUCAAUCGAAAAAAACAUUAUGCUGAAUAUUAUAUUAUUAUGUGAUAAUUAUUAAUUACCGCGAACGUGUGAUGUAUUCAUCCAAAUCUCUCGGGAUACGAUAACGAUAUUAAUUUGGGGAACAGUCUUCACUCAAAUUCUGAGAAAGAUAUAACCAAGAUGGGUAAGUAUUCCAGCGAUUCAGAUACAGAAAAGUACAGCAGUAAAAGUAAACAUAGGCACAGAUCGUCAUCUAGUUCGGAGGAUUCAAGGAGUAGAAGAAAGAAAGAUAAAAAAGUAAAUAAACAUAAGACCAGAAGUCGAAGUCGGGAUAGAAGUACAAAAUUCUCAUCUUAUAAGUCCCACAAAUCUAGUUCAAGGAGAUCACCUUCUAGUGAGAGAUCUAUUUCUAAAAGACGACAUUCUCAUUCAAGGGAUCGUAAAAGAUCAACAUCUAGAGAUAGAAGGAGGUCCCGUUCAAAAGAUUUCAGUAAUUCAGUCUCUAGAGACAGAAAAAGAUCAUCAUCUAGAGGAAAAGACAGAUAUAGAAGGUCUAGAUCUAAAGAUUCUUAUAAAUCUAGAAGAUCUCGGUCUAAAUCUUUCAUUCGUGAAUAUGCAAGUAAACCAAAGAGAAAAUCAUCAUCCAGUUCCUCUGAAAGUUCACAGCCAGCUAAAAAGUCCAUGAAACUGAAAGAAUCUGUCAAAUCGGCAUCUAAAGAUAGGGAGUCUUCCCUUAAAAAACAAAUUGGAUCAGAAAAAAUUAACAUGCCCAUCAAUAGUGCAGUUUUGGACGAAUUGAAUAGUGACAAUUUUAUUCAAAAACAAUUUAAUUCCAGUAUGAAUAAAAAAAUGGAUAACAUAGUUAUAGAUCUCCAAAAGCAAACUAUUAAAGUACCUGAAGUAGAACCGGUAGAACCUGACAGCAUUUUUAAUAGCAAUCUAUUUAUGAAUGAAGAAACAAGAAUGGAAAAAUGGGUAAAAGAGCUUUAUUCUUAUAGACAGAAAGCUUUACAACAAGGAUUAAAAAAUUAAAUGUUUCUCACAAUGGCAUUCAAACUUUAUCCAGCCCUCGGCUGUUUAUUAGCCAUCAUCAUAUAUGUUAUUUCAAUGUUCAAACAUCCCCUGAUCCAAAAGUGUGAAGUUGAUAAAUGCCCACUUUGCUAUGGAACCAAUAUGUGUGAUAGCAUGAAUAACUCUGAAAUAAAACUAGAUUUUUCUUCA